AUGGAGCCUAAGGAGACAGUGCAAGGACUUGAGGAAGCUGCCGUAAGAAGAAAAACGUUAGUUGUUGGCCAUCUCCCUCGCAGAAGUGGAAUAUCAGAUAUCAUCGAUUUCUUCAAAAAUGUUGGACGAGUUGUUCGUGUUCGAAUUCCGCUAAGUUACAACGGGAAGCAUGUGGGCUGGGCCUUUGUUGAGUUUGCUUCUGCCAACGAAGCAGAUAAGGCUUUGGAAGAGAAACACGGUGAAUAUUUUGAGCACCGUAAGAUUUUUCUUAAGAAAGUAGUAGAUACAUACACUACUAAGUACUGCAUAGAGCACAAAGUUUGGUACUACAAAAAUGAUGAUUACCUUGUUCUACAAGAAAGCGAAGCAAAAGUUGAGGACGGAGUAGUCCUUGUUGCUAAUCUCUCUCCGCAAACAACUAAAAUAUCAGAUAUCAUUGAUUUCUUCAGAUCUAAAGUUGUUAGUGUUCGACUUAUUGUGAACUGCGAGGGUGAGCAUGUUGGCUAUUGCUUUGUUGAGUUUGCUUCUGCUGAGGAAGCAAAUAAGGCUCUGGAAAAAAAGAAUCGUCGAUACUUGCAUGAUCAUGAGAUUUUUUUGAUGAGAGGAUUUUAUGAAACCCCUACUUCUUCUGUUGAGACCGUAAGAAAUAAGACCCUUUAUGUUGACUCUCUCUCGUCCCAAACUGAAAUAUCAGAUAUCAUCGAUUUCUUCAAAGAUGUUGGAGAAGUUGUUCAUGUUCGAAGUUUUGUAAAGGGCAAGAGCGAGGAUGAGCGUUUGAGAUUUUGUGUGGUUGAGUUUGCUUCUUCUAACCAAGCAGAGAUGGCCCUGGAAAAGAAGAACGGUGAAUCUUUGCAUGGUUGCAAGAUUUUUCUUAAAGCUGUCAAGACUGGUCCGAACCGUCGAUCACACCCCAACCAUUGUAAAGAUCACAAGCUUUGGUAUGAAGACUAUCUUCGACAAGAAAGCCUUCUUUCCGAUGUGGAAGAACUUGAUGAGGAAACUCCAGAGGAAAUUGCGGUGAGAGAUAAGACGGUCUUUGUUGCCAAUAUCACUCUCGACAUAAGAAAAUCACAAAUCAUCAAUUUCUUCAAAGAUGUUGGAGAAGUUGUUAGUGUUCGACUUAUUGUAGACCAAAAGGGUAAGCGUGUGGGAUGUGGCUUUAUUGAGUUUGCUUCUGCGGAGGAAGCAACGAAGGCUGUGGAAGAGAAGAAUGGUGCUAGGUUUUUUGUUAGUGUGGCUAAGAAAGGUCGUCAAUACCCUUUCCGACCCAACUACAACCUUCAAGAUAAGCUUUGGUACGAAUACAACCUUCUACGAGAAAGCCUUGAUUCGAGAUCAGAUUUAACAAGAAUGUAG